AUGUCUCCCAUUACUUGUACUCAGAAUAAUCAUGUCGAUUCUAUUCCAUCUGUGACUUGCCGGCGCUCUUCUCAUAUUCAAACUACUGCGUAUCUCCUUGGUGCACGUAAAGGACUGCCCAAUGUCGACGAGGAAGAGAUAAAUCGCACUCGUGCCAUUCAGUCGUGGUACGAGUCAGAGGCGCCGGAAGGGCAACUGACAAACCAGGAAUCUCUUGAGAAAGACCUACGAGCAUUUAGGCUGGUGCUUAUCUACAGCCCGCCGCAUAGACUCUUGACGGCCCAAGAUAUCAAGAGCGCUUUCAAAGCUGCGAGAGCGGAACAGCUCUCUGGACGGCACAAGAAAAAUGUUGCAAUUGAAGUUGUAAAUACUUGUGUGCCAACCGAGCUCAUAUCACCCAUAAUCCACAAUCAUGUUCAUCUCCCAUCUGCGAUCAACGACACGUGGGCUUCCGAGUCUAAUGGUGUACUUUCUGAACAGCAACGUGACAACUCCACAGCUCCUCGACCCCUCAAGAAGACGUAUGCACUCUACUUGGAGAGUGACGAAGACACCGAUGAUGAAGAACCACUGCAAGGCAUCGAUGAAGUCCUUGCGAAGAUCCAUUCUCGCUACCCUGAUAUGAACUUGCCGCAAUACACGAACACGCUGAAGAAGCAUGAAAAGGUUGGAUGGACGUGCGAAGUGAGAGCUGAUUUUCAUCCUAGUUCACAUUCAUUGUACCUGUCAUAUGGUGGAGCAACAAUCCCCAACUUCAACCACCACAGCACCGUGCCAGUGGCAAGCACUUUUCACCAAUAUGAUUUUAUGGAUGGGAGAGUUGGCAAAGACAUCAGUAUAAUCAUGUGUAUCUUCCAAUGGAAUGGCAUGAUCAUGGUCUUUCUCAAGAGCAGCUGGUACAUGGUGGAGAUGACAAGCACACUAAAAAGUACACCUGAAGCAAGGGGUAAUGUUAUUACAAGUCUCAAAGGCGAGCAGCUGGUGCAUGGUGGAGAUGAUGAAGCUAACCUCAUUGUAGAGCUGGCAAGUAUCUCCCUUCUACGUCCUCAAGUUAAGCGUUUAUCUCAGUAUUGUAGCACGCUAAAAGUUACACCUGAAGCAAGGGCUAAUGGUAUCAAAAGUCUCAAAGGCGCAUACCACGAAGACUCGGCCAAGGACAUCCUCUUCCGCGAUCGCGUCUCAGACGCCGUGGACCUUAUAGUUGGCACUUGCCGACAAAAGCGUACGUAUGCCACGGCGAGCUGUCAUAGUGAAAACAUUUACAUAUGGGAACAGUCGUGGGCUGAUCAUAAGCAGGGAUUCUCGAAAUCUGUCCCUGCACCCCUAGGCCUCCCCACCAUGCCAGUGCCUACACCCACUCUCGCUCCUGUGCUCCCUCCCAGUACAGCUGCAGUCACUGGACUCAACAGCCUCCUGGCUGACAUGCCAUUCGCAUCGAUCGCUGACAUUCUAGAACAUUGUGUAGCGAGCCAAGAUUGA